AAGCGUCGGCCCUGCCUCCCGACGACCUUGCUUGCAUGUGACACGCACGCUGCGGUGGCCAAAGUUUCUCCUCAAGAAAUAUCUGCCAACAUUCAUGGCUAAAUCGUGUCUUAUAGAAAAGGCUUCAUGAUACUCUGCCUUCUAUUUUCCAUUUAUUCGGGCUCGCUCGAACUUGCUCUUUGCUUCGAGUCUUGUUACCUCAGCUUCGACCGAACCAUCCGAGUGUUUGUUCUGACCCACUGCUCAUCUGUCUUCGUUCCUACUGUCUAUGCGUGGAGAGUCUAUAUGGAGGACUUCUCCGUGCCCUUAGCUAUUGGACAUGAAGACACGGAUAGUUGUAUAUGGGUUUCAACAACUCUUUGUGAAUACUUCUAAGAAAGGCAACCGUUGUAUGUAUUAACACGGGCGGACGCUUCGCGC